AACAACAACAACAACCGCAAUAACAACCACCACAACAACACCCGCUUGCACCACCAACGCCUGCAUCGAGCGCAUCGUCAUCAUGUCAAAUCGGAGGUGGAACUGUUGCCGGGCGCAACAAUGCCACAACCGCCUCAACGUGCCACAGACUCAACAACACGGCUCCGUCGCCUCCAUCACUAUGCCCACAAUCCGUACAACAAAGUCCUGACGCGUCGCCUGCAUCAGCAGCCACAUCAUCAGAGUUCCGAAUGGGAUCACAAUACAUAUAAUAUUUAUACCAACACUUUUGGACCACCUCCGCCGCCCGUCUCCCCCUAUGCAGGCAAAGGUGAGGACAACACGGGCGAUGUGGAGUUCAUUGGCGUCGGUAGUCGUGGGCGAGGUGGGCGUGGCUAUGAAUAUGUGCCGGCCAUAACCACCGCUGCACCACCGCCGAAUCUCAAUCGUCGCGCCAUCACACCAGGCCUGACAAUGGGCACUGUGCCACCGCUGGUGCCGGCUCGCAGGGGUUACAGCUUUACAACAACGGCGCCCAGCACGGUGGGCACCAGCAGCACCACCACCACCGAGGAUCCCUAUGAGACGAACACCAUCAGUCGCAACUCUCCCACAGAUGCCAAGGAAAUGGAGCGUCGACACAUUUGCGUGCAGCAGCGGACGAUCACGAUGCCGGUGAAGACAACGGAGGUGUACACGCGACCCACCUGGAAACACAUCAGCACCCCCUGCCAGCCACCCACCCAUGCUGGCCAGAUGUGCACCCGGGUCCAGUUGGUGCACGAGCCCGCUUACAGGGAUGUCAUCAAGCACAAGCCCGCCCAGCAGAUGACCUACGAUUGCUGCACCGGCUGGUCCAAGGAGACAACUCGCUCCGAUGCGUGCAUGAAACCUAUUUGCACCAGUCGCUGUCAGAAUGGUGGCAACUGUACGGCCCCGCAGACGUGCAGUUGUCCGGCGGGAUUUACGGGUCGCUUCUGCGAGCAGGAUGUGAACGAGUGCGAGACGGAGAAGCCCUGCGAUCAGCACUGUGUGAACACCCAGGGCUCCUACUACUGCCGCUGUCGCCAGGGCUUCGUGCUGCACUCGGAUCAGCAGAGUUGCCGCAAACUAUCCACGCAUGCGGACGAUGCCUUCGAGGCCCGCGAUCUGGAGAAUGAUAUAGAUGACACCGAUGCCGAGGUGGCGACGCGACUCCAGAAGAUCGAACGCUCGCUGGCCAAUGAACGAGUCCACACGAAUGAGCUGCAAAAGUCACUGCAGGCCACCUACAGCGUCGUGGAUACCCUCAAGAGCAGGCUAAGCACUUUGGAGAAACAAGCGCAGGAUGUGAAUCGGAUGCAGACGAAUCUCUACAAAACGGAAUCACGCACCAACAAAUUGGAGAACAUGUUGAAUCUGCUGAUGAAUUGUCGGAACGGGCCCAAUGCCAAUUGCCCCUAAAAGGGGGCUGGAGGGGACGGGACGGGACGAGACGGUGCGGGGCCAACACAGAACUGCAUUUCUUUUUUGGUUAAGUGAUUAGUUUAAAUAUUUUUGUGCGUAGCUGCUCCUUCUGCUUGUAAGCCAUUCCCGAACGCAAGUGCCUCCGUAGUUAAUAAAUAAACAAAACUACAACUAAAGCUAAAACUAAUAAUUAAUAAACUUAAAAAUCCCACAUUUAGUACUUAAGCGAACUCGUGUCAUAAAUGUAUAUGUAUUAAAAAUCGAAUGCUGUAGCUUAUAAGCCCACAAUUUCUGCUAUUUUA